UCUGUUAGGAUUGGUGCCAGCUGAACCCAAAUCGGCGAGGCCUAGCCGCAGCCGGAAAGGAAAUGGCGGCCGCCACCGCUCCCUUCGUCGUCUCCGUCUCCUGCCCCUAUCCGCACCGCCACCGCCACCGCCACCGCCCCACCAGCGCGUUGCCCCCUCCCCUCUCCUCCCUCUCCCUCCGCGCCAGCCCGGCCGCGCCCCUCUCCCCCCUGCCCGGCCGCCGCCGCAAUGUCGCGGCGGCCUACGGCGACGACGACAUGGACGACGACUUCGACCCCGACGACGCCGACGGCGUCGGCGAGGACGACGACGUCGACAACGAGCAGGACUACGACGUCGACUACGACCGCCUCCUCGCCCCCGUCACCGCCAGGCCCGCUUCGCUCGCGCAGGGAGGGCCCGAGGAGGGGGACAUCGCCAUGGUCGCCGCCGAGAGCUUCGUCUCCACGCAGGAAUCCGCCUCCGACACCGUCGUCGACUACGCCGUUAACGAGGACGAGUUCCACAAGAUCAGCUUGCUCCACUGCGACUUCUUUAUCCGGAAGGUGCCCGACCCCGACGACGACGUCUUCGACUUCAGAGAGAUGUAUGUCACACCGCCUGAUACUGACAUCUACUCCAUUCCGAGGGUUCUUGCCCCCAUGCCGCAGAAGUAUGUAAGGUGCACCAAGAAAAACUUUGGCCGUUUCCACGUGAGUGAGCCACCGGUUGAGCAUUUGCGUGAUCCCAUGUACAAGACUGAGAGGGAGAUUAUGAAGGUGUUCUUAACCAAGCACUAUAGAAACAGGCGCUCUGAUGACCCGGAUUUUUUCCUUGAUUUUGAGGAGAUUUAUGUUAUCGACUCGAAAACAAGGUCAAUCACAAGAGCAAAAGUUGUGGUUAGUGUUCCUGAAGGAAAGAAAAGAGAUAGGCGAAAUGAUCUGCUACUCAUACGUGAUGGAGGGGAGUCUUUCAGGAUAAUCGACAAGACUAAAGGGGACGAUGCAACCACUGUCAUCGAGAGAGAGGAGUGGGCAAAGUCGAGACAGGAUGUGGAGAAGCAUUUCAGGAAGCUCCGAGACUUUGACUACUCGAACUGGUUCUGAAGAAAUGGCAGUUGGGUUAAAAAUGAUAUGCAGCGAUUUUGCUGUCUGUGCUGCUGAUUGAUUAGAUAAAGCACCUGGCGCGAUCAAGUGAAAUGCCAAUCUGGAGGGUAGAUAGAUUGCGUGGUAACUUUAGUUGUAACAAGUAGAAUGUAUGCAAUCUAGGAAUCGGAGUACUGUAUUACGAAAACUGAGAUUCUGGUGGGCUGCUUGUUGAGUAGAGAGAAUGUAUGGCAAUUUUGCUUCCUUUUCUUGCAGAAUUGUACCUGGUACACAGUUAUGGCUCGGUUGGUCAGCACGAACGUGUUUCCAAA